AUGAAUUUCAGUCUCAUCCUGAUCCACCUCAACCGGCACCGGUUAGACCUCAGCCAGCGUUCGGAGGAUAACGGUGGCGUGACAUCACCAGCUUUGAAGAAGAUACAGCUUCUGCCUCUGAGCGGAGAGAACCAGAAACUGAGCAGACCCCUGGUGGUGUGCAGUGAUUCGCCCAAGCAGGCAAAGGCAGCUCAGCUUCCAGACCCUCCCAGACAGAAUCAGAAUCAUAGAGUCCCCAGCACAAACAUCACCACUCCAGACCCCUCCCCAAUUCCCCACGCCAGGGGGGGAAUAGCUGAAUCAGCCAGAGCCCCCUACUCACCCAAACCCUGGGCGGGCCAAGCAUUGUCUUCUCUGCAGGUGCAAACUCAGGCUUUGCCUAUUCGGACGCUUCUCCAUCCUCUCAGAGAAGGACAGAGGCUUUCAAGAAUAAGUGGGGUCCAAAGUGUUCAUUUGGUCGCGCUGCUCUCUGAGAAGCCCAGGGGUUUAAGAAAACCCACGGAGAAAGAAGAGCCAAAGCACCCUACCAGCCAGCUUGGAGAGAAGCUGUUUUCACCAGAGCCCUGGCCCCUCUCACGGACUGUGAGCCGCUGCAUUGUUUCAGCAUUUGGGCAAAUGCACUCGGUUCAUAGAGGCAGCAACUUCCCUCCCCCGGCUGUUUUUCAACGGCAUUCGCUGAAGGAAUAAAAGCCCUAGUGGCGGCGA